AUGCUGACUUCGAAACUACUCUCUUCCGCCCCCCACAUCGCCACUCAGAGGGCUCUACUUGUCCUUGACCUGCAGAAUGACUUUGUCAGACAGCAUGGAAAUCUGUUUGUCCCCAAUACUGCGGAUUUUCUAUCGCUCAUCCCCGACUUGGCUCGUCUUUUCCGCGGGUCGGGAGAGGUGAUUUGGGUACAGAGCGUGUUUGAAGAGCGUCGCCCCGUAGUCAAUGAAGCAUUGGGCGGAGAUGUCGUCGUGCUCGAAGACGGACCACCCGCGGGUAAUAGUACCACCACCACGUCGGCUUCACGAAAAUCGACCAAAAAACAACCAGCAGAGCCUCCGCAGCAGUCUUUACUCUCAAAUGAUCUGGAAGCCUUCCUCUCUGCCUCUGACAAAGUUUGUGCCGGCCGGCGAUGCUGUCUACCCAACUCGUCUGGAUUCCACUUCCCUGCGCCCAUCCUCACCGCCAUAGAUCCAAAUGAGGACACAGUGCUUGUCAAAUCAGAAUACUCUGCUUUUCAGGCCCAUGGCCUGCUUCUCUCCCUUCGAUCCAGGUUCAUCACCGAAGUUUUCGUCUGCGGCUCCCUUUCCAACGUCUCCGUGUACGCUACCGUGUUCGAUGCUGUCCGCCACGGCCUCGCUGUGACCCUGAUCGAAGACUGCUUGGGAUAUCGAAGCUCACUGCGACAUAGAGAGGCAAUGCGACGCAUGGCUGAUAUAAUGGGUGCAAAUGGCAUAACGAGUCGCGAACUGAUGGACGAUCAAGACUUUGCCGCCGCUUCGCCGGUACAGACACAGCCAGCCCCCUCGUUAGUUACCGGGAUCGAGAAGGAAAUAGGUACGGUUGGCCUCUCCUUGCCAAAGCAAACGAAUGCCGAUGGCCAGCCCAAGGAAGGAGGUGCUGACCAGUCGCAAGAUUUCCUUCGGACUAGCCAGCAACCCCUUGGCCGCCCCGAACAGAAAGAUUAUGUCGAACAGCAGCCGUCGUCUCGAAAACAAAAGUUGUCUCAACCCGUCGUUUGUGGCCCAGGAGACAACAUUGCAAGCGGGGACUCGCAGAUACUUUACGAUCUCCCCGUUCCUGCUGACUCCUUCCAACGCCUACGUGAUGAGGUCAACUGGCAGAAGAUGUACCACAUGUCGGGGCAAGUUCCGAGAUUGGUGUCUGUCCAGGGAGCCGUGGCAUCUGAUGGGUCGAUACCAAUAUAUAGACACCCAGCAGACGAAUCUCCACCGCUGUCUCCAUUCAGCGCCACUGUCAAUGAAAUAAGGGCCGUUGUUGAGAAGCAGCUGGGCCACCCUUUAAAUCAUGUCCUUAUACAACUAUAUCGGGACGGAGAAGAUCGCAUCUCUGAGCAUUCUGACAAGACACUCGACAUUGUCAGGGGAUCUAGUAUCUGUAAUGUCAGCCUUGGAGCACUGAGGUCAAUGACUUUACGGACCAAGGCGGACACAAAAGGGUCAACAGGCACACUAGGUGAGAACGCAAGACAAACGCAGCGUGUCCCCAUGCCGCAUAACUCGCUUUUUAUUCUUGGGGAGAAAUCGAACAUGGAAUGGCUUCAUGGUAUACGGCCAGACAAGAGGCAGGAAAAAGAAAAGACUAGAGACGAACGCGCUUUUAAUGGGGAACGGAUCUCUCUUACCUUCAGGCACAUUGGAACUUUUAUAAACCCCAAGACCGACACCAUCUGGGGCCAGGGCGCACUGUCAAAGGAGAAACGGAAUGCCGGGAAGAUUGUGCAUGGAGAGGCAUCCGAAACCGAACGAAUGAUCCGUGCAUUUGGCCAGGAGAACCAUCAAUCAGAUUUUGAUUGGGGCGAAAACUACGGGCGUGGGUUUGAUGUCGUCAAUUUCGUUACUACUUCCACCGCAAAACUGAUACCCGGGGCUUCCGACCCAACAACAGAUUUGGGGGUACGCUUAGCACUGACCGAGAAUGGAAUUCGAUACGAGAUAGGCAGUGUGCAUGAUCUCCCACCCAAACUUAUAUCUGACACUAAAGUCCGUCUAGCACGGAAAAGGCAGCCCCCUACUCUAGUAGACUCGGACGGCUCGACUAUUGUCAUGGGGGAUGUAGAAAUACUUCUGCACAUUGCUGAAAUUGCUCAUAGUCGCCUCCCGGACACGGCUCCUGACCCCGAAUCCAAAGUGGAUGGCUUGAGCUUGCAAGAAAGGCUCGACGCAGCCGAUGAACUCCACCGCACAUGGGUUUCAGCCGCUGGCGACAAUCUUGAGCAGGCCGUCGUGAAACUAUCCCUCUUCAACUCCUUAAUUCACGGGAAGUUUUAUAUAAAUGGAAAACUCUUCGGGGUGGAUGACUGCGCCUUUUGGCCUCUACUCAAGGACAUUAUAGAAUCAAAAGAUGGUAAUAAAAUGGUAGAGGAUAAAUUCCCACUCCUAACGGGGUACUAUACAAGAGUCCGGAAACGGGUUUGCGUGAAGCAGGUCAUGGAUGAGAUGGCAACGGCCGCCAGGUAG